AUGAUCAGCCAUUGCCUGAACGAAGCCUGUCCUGCGCGCGAAUACGGAUUGUCUCUCAAGACGGCGCAGCUCGAGACCGACUAUGAGAAAAGCGUAGCCCUGCUCGGUUCUCUUGUGGCCCAGGAGGAGUCCCGAAGAUCGCGCGUUGAUUGCGUUAUCCUCGAGGCCGACCACGAAGUAUUGCAGACGAGAUGCGAACGAUCAAAGUACGAUUUCGAACAGCUUCUUCAAGCUGAGACGACAUUGAAACAACAACUACUCCAAGCACAGGAUGACUUGGCAACGUUGCAGCUAUCCACACGCACAGACUGGCGCGCCAUGGAAGACUUGAAGAACGACGUUAUAUCCAUGAGACGCAAGGUCUCGGACAAUGAGAAACUCUCCGCCGAAAACCUCUCUCUUACGAAAGAGAUAUCACACAUGAAGCAGGAGUUCGAGCGCCUUCAAAGUCAGAAUAAAUCGCACCAAACCCUCAUCGCCGAAAAGUCUGCUCUAGAGAGACAGCUCAAUUCUCUGGAAGUUCAAUUAGAAGAGGAAAGACGGGCAUAUGAGCGCCAUAGAAAUUCGGAGAAUAAGAACCAAAAUGCGGAAGCACAGCAACAACUGAAGAAGCUACAAGAAGAACUCAGGAAGGAAGUGGACGAGAGGCGUCGUGUGGAGCAGGAGACGCAUGAGAAGUCAAUCGCAUGGGAAGAACAGAAGAAGUCUUUGGAGGAGCGACUCCAGAUGGUUCGCAAACAAUUGCGCUCUACAAAGGAUAAAUUAAAGGAACACCAGAGUGAAUUGCGCAUCUCUCAAGGACUUCCAAAAAGCGAUACAUCCCGUCAAAGUGUCGCAAGUGAUAGGAGCACUUCACUGGGCUAUGCCGGUGCCACUUUUGAUCCAGCUAUGACAAUAGCAACGCCCGGUGCAGUCAAGAUCACCAAGAAAGGCCAAAAACCAUCUGCCAACCUGGGCGAAAAAUCGGUAUUCUCGAUCACGCCAUAUCUCAGACGGAAUAGAAGCGCCGAAAGCUCUUCAAGCAGCUCAGAUGAUGAUCUCCACGUCAAAGCUAAGCCACGGCAGGCAGGAAAGCGACCCAGAGUAUCACCGAGAAGCGACGGAGUAGAGCGUUCUGGACGGAACCACGAAAGCCUGAAUAGAGGUCGAGCCGAUGAGGAUAGUGAUAAUGAGGAGGCUCAUGAGGCAUUAAAUGCAGAAGACUCUGUUCUCUCAACAAGAAAUGAAGGAAUGCAGUCAAUUGUCAGUGGCACCACCGCGAAGAGAGACUCUUCCUUGGACGGCAAGCAAAACCAGAGGAAGCGGAAGGUCCUUGGCGGGCAGCGUGACAUGACUUUUCUCGAUGAGGAAGAUGAGCAGCUGGAAGAAAGACCGAGGAAAGUCGAGAGAUUGAUACCCAGUCUGAAGCCAGGCUCCAAACGCCCGCAAGCUGUCAGUCUCUCUCGCCGCGCAUUUGGGGAGACAUCAACUUUCUCCCCGUUAAAGCGCGCGGAGAUUCGGAGAACCUCCGCGGCCAAGCUCGACCAGCUCCCGACUUCCAGAUACACUCCGCGCUCAUGCCUCCACCGUGUCUACCUACUGCCCAAUCCGAUUAUUUUUCGAUGGCAGUCUCGUCAACGAAGCGACAUAUUUACUAGAGAGGCCGUGGUCAAGGGGCUUAAAAGCAGGGCAGCUUUCAAGCUUUUGCAAAUUGACGAACAGUAUCGGGUAUUUCGGGGCGGACAAACAGUUGUUGACCUUGGGUAUGCGCCAGGCUCAUGGUCUCAAGUUGCUGUAACCCGUACGCAACCGAAUGGUCGAGUUUUAGGCGUCGAUAUCAUCCCUGCCCAGCCUCCCAAGGGAGUAUCGACAAUCCAAGGCAACUUCCUUUCGCCGGACGUUCAACAGUAUGUCUUGGAAUUCGUACGAGAUCCCAACCGUGGUCGACCACGACGACCCGCGCCAUCUGACGGAAACUCUACAGAUGUGACUGGACGUAUUGUCGGCGAAAGUGAAAGCAUACUGUCGCAAGUCUCGUCCGAGCGCGGCAGCACCGGUGGCAUUAUCGAGGGCAAGAAGGAUGGUAAUACACAAGUAGAACGCACUGUCGAUGUGGUUCUAAGCGACAUGUCCGCUCCCUGGGUGCAAGUCAGAGGAUUCUCAAAUAGGAGCCUUAGUAACCCGUAUCGCAGGAUGAUGAACACCAGUGGUAUCAACUUCCGAGAUCAUGCUGGAAGCAUGGAUCUAUGCCGAGCAGCGCUGCAGUUCAGCUUCAAUGUCUUGAAGACUGGUGGCCAUUUUGUGUGCAAAUUCUACCAAGGACCAGAAGACAAAAUACUCGAGAAACAACUCAAAGCCUUGUUCGAUAAGGUCCAUAGACUAAAGCCGGAGUCUUCUCGUAGUGUAUGA